UUUAUUUCACAGUAACUGAUUCUAAUGAACCUAGCACCAGACCCAUAACUGAUGCGGAAGUGAGCAUGCUACAACGAUUUGCUCUCUAUUCUCGCUUAACAUACGAUCUAUCAAUAUUAAAAGCAGCAAACUGGACAUGUGAUGCUUACAAAGGUUUUUCUAAAGAUCCCGGUGAAAUUAAAGUUAGCCCCGUUAGUAAUAAGCAAUCUAAAGAAAUCGGCAUCACCUUCCGAAGAACUCUUAAUAAUAAUCUUAACGAAUUAAAAGCAGAUAUUGAUCCAUUAAACUAG